GUAAAGAAUCCUUUACUCAAAGAAAUGAGCUUAGCAAAUCAGAUCUUCCCUCGCGAUGGUCUACCACUUCAUCGUGGUGAAGAGGCGACUUUGGGUGUCGAACUGCGAAGUGUAGCGGAGGUUAUCAACAGGGUCUUCCAAGCUGAGACGGAGUUCGCCGUUUCCAUAAUUCGGGCCUAUGGUGAAAGUGCCCCGAUGCCUCGAACAAGGCAUUUGUGGCGUAUUUUGAAAACCACCGCGGAUCUGCUGGAGGGGAGGAGAGCACUGAGGCUGGAUCCGACCAGAUCACAUCUCGAGCGACUAGUAGCCAACACCAGUUGCAGAACAGCUUUACAAGAAGAUCUUCGAAAGCACAGGGACCUUCUCGACUACCUUGUUCCGCUGACAACAUCACUAAACGAAAACGGGACUCGCGCAUCUUCCCGUACAAAAAAAUUGGAAUCGGUCACGAAAGAUACCAACACGGAUUCUAGUGAAGCAAGUGUGCUAUCAGCGCUCGUCGACCAAGGGGUGGACCCACCUUACGUGAGGACAUUGGCACUGGUACUGGGACUGCUCUUCAACGGGGGUUCGACAAAGCGACACCGUAUCGCCAAAGCUGUUUACGGCUGCUUACAGUGGGUGAUGAAAUCACUAAAUUGGAAUGAGGAGAAGAAAGAAGAGCCAAACAAGAAGCAAAAAGCAGCUUGGGCCGCCUUCGGCCCCCUAAAGGAAGUCACAGAUGAACUGACGGACCCGAAGCUCCAAGCCCACCUCUUCGAUUCAACCUUUCUCCCUGCGCUCUGUUACGUAGCGGCGUGGCCUAAGAGCGCGGCUACGUCGCACUCCGAACAACUCACAGAGCGCUGGAACGACGUCUUCUGUAGUACAACCGACACUUUCGACAUCUCGUCGAGCUUCGCGGCAAAACAUCGAUGGCCCGGUCAUAUCACGAGAAUGACAGACCAUAGAAGAACACCUAGAAAUCCAGAAUGGAUCUCGCGAAGCAAAACGUCCUCGAGAGAGGCCACCGACCAGAUGGGCUGA